AUGGUGAUAAAUACACAGGCGGCGCGGCAGCUGCGCCUGGCGCUGGAGCGCGACGUGAGCGAGGACUACGAGGAGGCCUUCAAGCACUACCAGAACGGCGUGGACGUGCUGCUGCGCGGCGUGCAGGUGGACCCCAAUAAGGAGCGUCGCGAGGCCGUGAAGAGGAAGAUAACGCAGUACCUGAAGCGCGCCGAGGAGAUCUUCACCUGCCACCUGCAGCGGAGCCUGGGCGAGGGCAGCCCCACGGACACGGGUUACAGCAGCCUUCGCUUCCGGCCCAUUAGGACGCUAAGCUCGGCCGUGGAGAACCUGAGACGGUGCAAGGUUGUGGGAGUGAUUGAUAAGGUGCAGAUAGUCCAAGAUCCAGCCACUGGUGGGACCUUUAUACUUAAGAGCCUCCCCAAAUCCCAUGUGGAGACUCGCGAGCGUCAGACCAUCAUUCCUCAUGGAGUCCCCUUCAUGGUCAAGCUGCUGCGCUACUACGCGAGUGAGGACUCCAUCUUCCUGCACCUGGAGCAUGUGCAGGGAGAGAUGCUGUGGUCUCACCUCCGCUCCAAGUACCGUGUCCAGCAGGGUCCCUCUGAGGGCCCUGGCAUGCUGCAUUCCACACCCAUUCCAGCCCCGAGGGACCCUGGCGCAGAGCAGGCAGAGGGAAGCUUCCGCGGGAGCGAUAGAGACUGCAGCUGCGCUGCUGGGACCGGCAGGACGAGCCGGGGCCUGGUGGGGAGGCCUGACCCCUCUGCCCCUCGGGAGGAGGCCCCGGCCAGCGCGGAGCCCGGACCCGGGAAUCACUUCCAGCUUCUCUUGGCUCCUGCGGGCAGCACCAAGGCCGCAGCCGGAGGGCAGGGCUUAAGCGCGCCGCAGGCUCUGCCUGGCGCCGUGGACUGCGCUCCAGCAGCCGGAGCCGCCAGCCCCUCCAACGAGCAGGGCCGGCUCCCGCACCCCUGGGACUCGCCGAGCCGCGGCGAGGGUGCAGGCGCUGUGCCCCAGAGAGCAGCCCCCCGGCGGGACCCCGGCCCGCUGGCUGGUGAAAGGCCUCCCCCCGUGCCCAAGACGGUGCCGGGAGGAGGCCACCCGGGGCAGGCUCAGCUCGGCCGGGCGCAGGCCCGCCUGGCUGCGCCGGCACGGGCGCAGCUCCGUGCAGGAAUUGCCCUGCACGGCUCGGGCAGCCCCCGCGGGGAGCCCGCGUGGGGGGCGAGUGCGGCCGGCGGCCCCCCAGCGCCGGGACGGUGCCGGUCUGUGGGUGCCCGUGGCCACGGCCAGCGAGCCUGGGCCGUGACGGAGGAGCAGGUCCGGCUGUGGGCGGCUGAGAUCCUCCUGGCCUUGGAGGGACUGCACCAGCAGGGCGUCUUGUGCCGGGACCUCAACCCCAGGAACUUGCUGCUUGACGCCGCGGGUCACGUCCGCCUUACCUUCUUUGGGCAGUGGACAGAGGUGGAGCCGCGGUGCAGCAGCCAGGCGCUCGAGGAGCUCUACAGUGCCCCGGAAGUGGGGGGCAUCUCUGAGCUGACUGAAGCUGCCGACUGCUGGAGCUUUGGGUCUCUGCUGUACGAGCUGCUGACAGGAGUGCCCCUGUCCCAAAACCACCCGUCAGGGAUUCAGCCUCACACGCAGCUCUGCCUGCCCGAUGGCCUCAGCCUGGCAGCCGCAUCCCUGCUCACCCAGCUGCUGCAGCACAGCCCGAGGCGGCGUUUGGGCUCGGGAGGCGGUGGCCUGGCCAAGCUCAAGUCCCAUUCCUUCUUCAGCACCAUCCAGUGGCACCAGCUGGGGGGCUAGGCAGGGC